CCGACUCGCCGCUGAAGAACGGUACGCCGAUGCGACGUCGUAUUUCGCAUGAAACUGAAAGGUGGCCUUUUUAUGGUGAUGACAACGCAUGAUUCUUCUCUGCCACCGCGUCGCCGCCAGUUCUUCUCUCCACUUCCAUGAAACAAAGAGUUUCAUCAGUUAAGCUAACAAAAAGCAAGAUGCCCGGAGCCAACGAUGCUGAAUACGUAGCCCUAGAAGAUGGAAUCUCCCCCAAAUUGGAACAUUACACCAAGGUUUCGAUUCUACCUCUUGUUUUCUUGAUCUUUUACGAGGUAUCCGGCGGUCCAUUCGGUGUAGAGGAUAGUGUUAAAGCAGCUGGUCCUCUUCUAGCACUUCUUGGAUUUGUGAUUUUCCCAUUUAUCUGGAGUGUUCCGGAAGCUUUGAUAACAGCCGAAUUGAGUACGAUGUUUCCCGAGAAUGCGGGAUAUGUUGUUUGGGUUUCAUCAGCUUUGGGCCCUUAUUGGGGUUUCCAACAAGGAUGGAUGAAAUGGCUUAGUGGGGUUAUUGACAAUGCACUUUAUCCUGUUUUGUUUUUGGAUUAUCUAAAAUCAGCUUUCCCGAUUCUUGAAGAUGGUUUGCCUCGUACGGCAGCGGUUUUGGGGAUUACUCUCUUGCUGACUUACGUUAACUACAGGGGCUUAACCAUAGUUGGGUGGGUUGCUGUAUUGCUAGGGGUGUUCUCGUUGCUCCCUUUCUUGGUUAUGGGAGUUAUAGCAGUCCCUGAAUUGAAGCCUUCUAGAUGGUUAGUGUUCGAUUUGGAUAACGUCGAUUGGGCUUUGUACUUGAAUACUCUGUUUUGGAAUUUGAACUAUUGGGAUUCGAUUAGUACUCUAUCCGGAGAAGUAGAAAACCCUGGUAGAACACUCCCAAGGGCUUUAUUUUACGCACUUAUUUUCGUCGUGUUAGCUUAUUUUUUCCCGCUUUUAAUUGGCACCGGUGCUAUUCCACUUAAUCGGGAUUCGUGGGAAGAUGGGUACUUUUCGGAAAUCGCGAAAAUAAUCGGAGGGGUGUGGCUGAGAUUUUGGGUGCAAGGUGCUUCAGCUGUAUCGAAUAUGGGGAUGUUUGUGGCCGAAAUGAGCAGCGACUCUUUCCAACUUCUUGGAAUGGCGGAGCGUGGUAUGCUUCCGGAAUGUUUCGCCAGACGGUCGCGCUACGGCACACCUCUCGUGGGGAUUUUAUUCUCCGCUUCGGGUGUAGUGCUCCUCUCUUGGCUCAGUUUUCAAGAAAUUGUUGCUGCUGAGAAUUUUCUGUACUGCUUUGGAAUGAUUAUGGAGUUUGUGGCUUUUGUGAAGCUGAGGGUGGAGUAUCCAGCUGUUUCUCGACCCUAUAAAGUUCCUAUUGGUACAGUUGGUGCAGUUCUAAUGUGCGUUCCUCCGACUUUGCUGAUAUGUGUUGUUUUGGCAUUGGCUUCCUUCAAAGUCAUGUGUCUUAGCCUAGUUGCUGUCCUAGUAGGCCUUGUACUAAGGCCUUGCUUACAGUACAGUGAGAAAAAGGGGUGGUUCAGAUUUUCAAACCCUCGAGAUUACGCCAAUCAAAUGUUUACGGAUCAAUAGAUAUUGGCUCCGAUCGUAAAUUACGGGUUCUUUCGGAGGGUCGAAGAAGGCGGAGUGCAUAUGGACGAGCCAUGAACUCUAUUACAGCACAGGGAAUCAAAUCGAAUUGGACAAUAUUUGCUAUUGCAUCUCCUGGCAUGUAAAAUUUGAGCUAUCAUAUCACAAUGUAUGUAUUUUCCUAAUUGAAGUAUUUCAUUAUC